AUGGAGAAACAUACCCAUCCCAGGUUCCUUCCAUGCCAACAACUUCGCCAUCGUCAAUGGCGAUGGGACAACUUCAUACUCCCAUUCCUGAAUACAGUGAACAGGUUUAAAUUUUUGGUCGACCUCAAGUGGAUCGACCAGAAGGUUGGGGUGGCUGGGGUUAUCGAUGAUGCCCCAGGCGAUGUUCACGACCUUCACACUCAUUACUUCGAGCUGAAAUUCAAGGGUGGAAGGAAUCCUUCCAUGGAUGACUUCGACAAGAGGUAUGGGUAUGUCCAAAGGACUCCCGAAAUUCUCAACGAGGCAGGAAUGAAGUACAUCCUGCUGUCAUUGUGGAGGCAUCAUCCCUCCAACGAGGCAAGGGCCCAUAGGGCGGCCAAUAUGACUGCCUUCAAAUUCUCGAAACUGCAUGUGGGCGACUACCCCAUGCCUCCUCCCCCUCCAUCGCAGUCAGGGCACUUCAUGCCCGAACCAGCUCCACCCGUGCCUCUGCAAAAGAUGUGGGUUUCUCUCUCUCAAUUAAUGGAUGGCAACUAUGGCCAUCUACCUGCUGCCAUGCAUCCUCCCACCCCACUGCCUAUCCCCAAUGAGGACAAGGAUAUGAAGAGUGAUGGCAAGGCGACUACAUGGUCAGUUGACGAGACUGCUCCUCUUCCUGAACGUCGUUUCCCUGCUGCGAUUCGGUCUGAAACCGAGGACACUGGUGCUGGUCCUUCGGACCUUUCUUGUGCUGCUGUAUCGGCUGCCACUGCCCCUUCCUCCAAGAAGGGUAAAGCAAAGAAGGUUUAA